UUUAUAUUUUUCAAAAUUUGGAUUAAAGUAAAUAUGCAAUCGCUCUUUGUUAAAUGUUAGAAAUGUCAAUAAAGACCUGCAACAAUCAAGUGCAAUUAAUGUAGAUAUGGGUAGACUUUUCGAUUAUGUUACUCAUGUGAUUCCCAAAUUCAUAACAGAUCUGGACCAAUAGAUUAGUAACACAAAACAGAAAUAAUACCUUAUUAGGGUAUCAUACCUUAAUUCACAAUUUAGAAAUGUAUCAAAAAAACUAGAGUUUUGUUCCUGUUCCUUAGAAAAUCGAUUAAAGAAAUUCUUUCAAAAAAAAUGAUAUCAAACCAACUAGUCAAGUGCCAACCAAAGAUUAUUUGAGCAAUGAUUCUAAAAAAUAAGAUUAUUCUAAAACAUAUGAUGUUAAUCGAGUUAAUAAUAAGCAUGACUAUUUAGAGAAAAAGAUUGAUAGUAAUGAUAAAAGAGUUGAUUAGUAAUAAAUAUAAGGUAAUAAAAGGCCCUAUACAUCGAAUUAGAAAUUCAAUUUAGAUCAAGAAAGAGGAUCUCAAAUGUUAAUUAAUUAACUUAAAGAAGAGUAAUAACAAACAGAAAGAUUGAGAGCGGAAUUAUCUUAAGCUAAAGAUAAGGAAAAAGAAUUCUAAAAAAAAUUGUAAGAUAUUUAUAAUUCACUUAUUAGAUCAAAAGUUGAAUAAGAUUAUGAAUAAAGAUCAAAAGAUGAUAAAUAAAAAAUUUAAUAAUUGACAGAUGAAAAUAAAAAUUUGAACAAUAAACUUAGUUAAGCAAACAAACAUUUAUAAGAUGAAGUAAAUAGAGUUAAAAAAUAAUAAACAGAUUAAAUUAAAAAGUUAGAAUAAGCAUUAUAAGAGAAAACUUAAGAAUUAGAAAAUAUUGCUUAAGAAUAUAAUUUAGUAUUUAUUCAUCUAAGUUCAUUUAGGAAGAGAUUUAAUAGAUGAUGGAAUAACUUUAAUAAGAAUCAUCUAUGAAAGAUUAAAUUAUAGAAUAAUUGCAAUAAUAAUUAUAAGAUAAUCAAGAAGCAUUUAAUGAAUUACAAUCCAAAUUGGCAAGUGGUUCUAAGCAAAAACAAUAAUAAUCAUCUAAUAAAAAAUCAGCAAAAAGCUAAGAUAAUGAAAAAGACGAAGUUAUAUAGGAGUUAGGAUAAUAAUUAGAAGCUAAAGAUGAAGAAAUUCAUAAAUUAGAAGGUAGCCAUUUUAUUUUUAACUAUAGAUUUAAUUGAAAAUUUCAAAUAACUUUAUUAACAUAUGAGUGAUGAAAAAUAAUAAUUAUAAGAUGAAGUCGAUAAAUUAGCAAAUGAAAAUAAUCAAUUCAGAGAAAUAUUUAGUGUAAAUAUAAAUUAUUAUUAUUAGCAAAAUCUUCAUUUGUUUGGAAUAGAUCCUGAAUAAUUAAAUGAAGAAGGAGAAGAGGCAGAAAAUGAAUAUCCUGAAGAAAUUGCUGAAGAAAAUGAUGAGUAGGGUGAUUGA